CAUUCAACAAACCUCCGUGAUUAACGCUGACUGUGGGAUGCUGGACACGAUUACUAACUUUCGAGAAACACCAAAGUGAUAUUUUACAUUUAUUUUUAAAUGUUAUCCAGUAUAUUUAUUUGUCGUCACGAGCGGAAUUUCUUGGCUAAAAUAUAGUUUAAUAAGCUAGCUAACGUUAGCUUAACUUUAAGUAACUUGUCUUCCCGUUCACAAACAAACAUGUCGGAGGACAACAUCACCUUGUAUGACUUGUUAAACUUAUCCAUCGGGACACCUCAGCAGGGAGCUGUCAACUUCAGCGCCCUCCACCCCCUGCUCCACGCCGUGCUGAAGCACCUGGGUAUCCGGGAGAUGAGGAUCCGGUGGAGUGACUCUACCCCCGGCGACGCGCACACCGACGCUCUGAUGGGUGUCACCGGUCCCGGAGAGGACCGGCACACAGAGGAGGAACAACUCCAGCUGGAGGGAGACAUGAAGCACGACGUUCAGCCCAGCAUCGAGCUGCUGCAGCAGCAGAUAACCUCCUCCGCCGCGGACGAGUCAAAGCUCCGGUCCCGCAUCCAGACCUGCGAGGAUGGUGUGUCCAAGGCCAUGAGGCUCAUACAUGAGCUCCACAACCAGAAAGACAAUCUGAAGGAUGAGAUUAAGGAGCUGCGCCACCAACAGAAGGCGGUCGGUGCUGAGGCAGAGACAAUCACUGCAGUGGAGACGUGCUGCCACCGUCUGGACGCCCUGGAGGAAGCAGUGGGAUCUCUAAUGGACACAUAUCAGAAGUAUCCAGACCCGGAGGAGCUGAGUCGGUGUGUGACCUGGGACGUCAUGCAGUCAGCUCUGCUCAAUGAGGGAGAAAACCACAAGGAUUCUGUCAGGACAGCAGCUCCUGGUUCUCCAGCGACUUCUGGAGAGAUUUUGACACUUCAGGGAGACCUGGGCACUCAGCCAGCCACAGAGACCUCUUUGGUCCUGUCAGGGCCACCUCAGCAGACUCAUCCUAAAACAGGCCGUGUGGCUGCUGGUUUGUCCCUGUCUCUAUCGGCCAGCAACUCGGAGCACUACUCAGAGACAGUGGAGGCUCUGAGGAACAUUGGCAGACUAAGGGAAAACUUCAACAAGCUGGAAGCUCGUGUGGCAGUGCUGGAGAAAGGAAAGGUGGACCAGACACAGCUGGAUCAGCUCAGAGAAAUCAUCAGCGAGCAUGGUUCUCAGGAUGUGACUAAUAACCUGAUGGAUCAAGUGAACGAGCAGAGAGCUUUAAUAGAUGGCCUGAUGAGCGACCGGGAAAAGAGCGUGCAGCUGGUGAACGAUGUGCAGAAGGUGAUCCUGCAGCUUCAAGCCGAGUGUGAAAAACUGCAUGAAACAACCAGGUGUCUGCACGAGGACAACACACAGAAACAGAACCACAUAGAGGAGCUGUACAAGACGACAGAGGAGCUGGAGGAGAAGAAGGCUGACAAGCAGAUGGUUGAGAGUGAAAUUAAAGCAGAUAAAUCUGCUCUGGACAGCAAAGUGAGCCGACUGCAGUUUGACUCUGCGACGGAGCAGCUCAACACCAUGUUCCACGAGCUGCAGAACAAAGUGACGGACCAGGAACAGGACUGGCACAAAGUCAUCGACAAACUCUCCACUGAGAUGGAGUGUAAGCUGGUCAGGAUCGAGUUGGACUCUGUGAAGAAGCAGCUGGAAGACUGCAGGAAGAAUAUUCAUGAGAAGCUGCAGUCUCAGGGAGCUGCGGAGAACGACGAUGCUGCUGGUAUCAGAAAACAGCUCGUGGACAGAUUUCACUGCCUCUCCUGUGACCGACCUGUUGUCAAGCAGACCCCCGGACCGCAUUUGAUGACGCUUCCCUCCACUCCUGGAUUCCCCUCGAACAAGUCCAUCAGGCCGUUCACCGUGUAUGCUCUGGAGCAGUUUCGACAGCACUACAGGAGCCUGAAACCAGGGACCAACUGCUACAACUUUGAGGUCGCUAAAUCAGGCAGGAGAAGGGAGCGGCUUCAGAGGAGCCACGACGUGAUGUGCAGGCAGAUAGAGAGCGCGCAGAGACGACUAAAACACUGUGACAGGGCCGGUUCCCAGGACACCAUGAGCAACAACCUGAACCAGAAACAGCUAGGAGUCCAGCAUGAGCGCAUCGCUGAGCUGGCGGACUACAGCCACCUGGCUGUGUCGAGGAGCUGCGGCGGGAGUCACACAGUGACCUCAGCCAGCCAACGGCGCACUGGCCUGCAGUACAUGAAACACCACAACCAGCCUGAGGGGGACGGUGUCAUUCAGUCGGAGGAGGUCGAUAUCAUCGGACUGGAUGGGCACAUUUACAGAGGUCGCCUGAACCCCCCAGCCAUCAGAACCACGGAAACUAAACUACCUACAAUCUCUACGAAAGACGUGACGGCCGGCUUGUGCAAGAUUAAAGACAAAGCCAAAUGCUCCCCGUCAUACAAACCCACUACUUCUCCAGAGGUGGGGCACAACGCUCCAGUUCAUCACCCCCACAGUCCUAAGACUGCCCAGUGCAGCCGCUCAGCCUCCAGCAGCUCGGGUCGGGACUGGCCGGUGUCGGCUCUGGGCUGCACGUCUCAGAGCUCCAUCACUCAGGCUUCAGCUGCAGCAGACAGCAACACAGAGCCUCAGGACAACCAGCAGGCCGACCUGUAGGAGGCGACAGAGAGCUCUGCACUGUGUCUGAUAAGUCAUUAAAGCCGUUUCAUGUUACUGAUUCAAUGCUGGUUAAUGACAUGUUUUUGCGCUACACCUCUCAUAAAUCACCUGUCAAACACUUUUAUAUAUUUUUGAGUUCUGUGAUCAGCUAGUUGAAUAUUGUUAUUAUUAUUAUCAUUAAUAACUAGUUGUUAUUAAUAAUAAUAAUAAUAAUAAUAAUAAUAAUAACAAUAGUAAUUAAUAAACUUGAGUGUAAAUUGAAUCACUACCUGUUGCACCAGAGGAUUUUUACAGUCAGCGACACACAACAGUGUUGAGACAGAAAACAUAAUAAAAUGUAUGAAAAUUAA